AAAAAAAAAAACAAAAAUCAAACAAACCCAUCUGAGAAAAAGAACCAAAGGCAAAAAAUUUAUAUUUUUCUGUAAAAUUGACCAAAAGUUUAUCCGUUGGUUUCCAACGAUUUUAGUUCAUCGUGUACUCCGGUCGAAGUUUGUCGUUUGGUGCUCUCUCGUCCACGUCUGAUUCUGUUUGUGUGCGUAUACGUCAUUCAUAAUUAUAUAUUUUUUUCCUCCUGUGAAUCGUAUCUUUAUAAAAGGUAAAAUUUUGUAAAGAAAAAAAUCCCCAAAUCGAAAAUCAAAUUCUACCAACUCUCAUGUAAAAAAGCAAAAAAAAAAAACCUCUCGAGUGAAGGCAGCCGCCAGGAAACGAACAAACCGAACGAACGAAACCAAUCCUUGUUCGCGAAGAAGAAAACCAAGAAAAAAAAAACCAGUUUGGUUCCUUUUUUUUUGUUUCUGAAAUUUUUGCGUGUUUUUGUUUUUUUUUUCUUUUUAUUAUUUUUUUUGUGCAACUGUGCCUCUUUGCCAGUUGGUCUUGGUUUUAGCUCUGUUUGAAAAAAAAAGAAGGUGGAUGACUGAGGAGAGUUGGAUAUUGUGGAUGGUGGAUAUUAUUUAUUGGAUGAUCUCAAAGGAAUGAAUUUUAUAAAUAAUUAAAAACUCAUGUUGUAACUUGAAGAAAUACAUACAUACAUACAAAUAUUUCUAACUGCCUACCUAAAAGUGUAUACACACAUACAAAAUGUAAACCAAAAAAAAAAAAAAAAUAUGUGAAACCCAAUUAUGAUUAAUAAAAAUUAUUAUUGUGUACAACUUUUUUUAUGAAAUCUAGUUUUUUUUGUUGUUGUUGUUGUGUAGUCUUUUGGUUUGGAUUUUUUUUUAUUACUUCUCUACUCUCCUUCUCCACAACUACACACCGUUCUAAUAAUAUGUAAUUUUAUAUGUGAUUUUCUGUUUCUACUCUCCGCUUUUUUUUGGUCGUCGUUCUGUCCCGUCUGUCGUCGUCGUUGGUUGUUGUUGGUUUUGUCGAUUGUCGUUCGCUGUCGUUCUGACUUCUUGUCAUCUUCGUCGUUCGUUUUUGGUCGGAUCUUUUUGGAUACAUUCAUAAUCUACGUUAUGUGGAGUGUUGUAAAGCUGGAGUAGAGAAUAAUGUGAAAAAAAGAGAAUAAAUAAUAAAAAACCGUCACAAAAGGGAAUUAACGGAGAAAAUUGUGUUAAAAGGCAGAUCAGUUUAGUAAAAACAACAAUUCUUGGAUAUCAAACAAACAAAGAAACAAAAAAUUAAAUAAGACAACUUAUGGAUUAAAAUUAAUAAUAAAAUGAUUGUACACUAUUUGGAUUAAAAAACUAAAAAGAUAUCAAAUAAAAAACAACGAGAACACUCUCUUCAAUAAAAAGGAUAAAAUAAUAAAUUAAAUCAAUAAAAUAAAUAAAUAAAUAAAUGUUUCCAUUAAUUUAUGACAACUUUAAUAAAAUUAUACACCUGUCUGGGAUCUUUUCAACAAUGGAGAUCUAAAAAAUGGAAAGAAACAAACAAAAAAAUUCCAUAAAUAACCAGCAGCGGCUGUAGCAAUAUUAUAAUGCGUUACAAAAAAUGUGUCAACAAAGGCCAAAUAAGAUAUGUCUUUUUUUGGGCAAUCUUUGUUGGUUCCUUUAACUGCAGCGCAUAUUCUUCUUACCACCCUGAAAACUACAGUAUUUCUAGUAUAAGUGCAGUUAGUAGUAGUAUCAUUAGUAGCAGUAGCAGUAGCAAUAGCAUCACUAGUAGUAGUAAUAAUAUUGACGAUUACGUUAACGACGAUAUAAGACUGGAUCAUGAUGCUUCUUAUGUGUUUCGUUUCAAACACAGCAUCUACAAUGUUACCAUUCCAGAAAAUAGCGUUGGCAAAACAUAUGCAUUACAAUUGCCCGACGAGGACAAAGUUGGCAUUCAAGUUAUACCCAAUUUGGAUGUCAAAUAUCGCAUUAUUAGCGGUGACCGUGACAAACUAUUUAAAGCUGAAGAAAGACUGGUCGGUGGCUUUGCCUUCUUAGCUAUUAAAACUCGCACAAGUAACGUUAUACUUAAUCGUGAGAAAACCGACGAAUAUCGGCUGGGUGUUAAGGCAUUUGGCACUCAAUUGGAACCGAAUGGUAAACAUUUGUAUGAGAGUGAAACAGUGGUGCUGUUGAGAGUGCUGGAUCGUAAUGAUUUGAGUCCGUUAUUUUAUCCGACGGAAUAUUCGAAAACGGUGCCCGAAGAUACGCCAUUGCAUAAGAGUAUACUUCAAGUGAAUGCAGAAGAUGCUGAUUUGGGGAUUAAUGGGGAAAUUUAUUAUAGUUUUUUACAAGAGAAUGAUAAUUUUGCUGUGCAUCCGACAUCGGGUGUUAUAACGUUGACUAGGAGUUUGCAUUAUUUGGAGAAGAAUAUUCAUGAGUUGAUUGUGUUGGCUAAUGAUAGAGUGUCGGCAGCGAGUCAUCGGCUGAAUCAGGCUAGUAAAGCGAAAGUUAUCAUCAAAGUUGAACCGGUAAAUUUAUACCCACCGGAUAUUUAUGUAAGAACCUUGCCAUAUGUAGAAGAAGGCGCUAACGCCAACGUCUACGGUAUCAUUCGAGUCACUGACAAAGAUCAAGGCAUUCAUGGCCGGAUAAAAGGUGUCGAACUUGUCAGUGGUGAUCCAGAUGGACAUUUUCGAAUACGACCCUCCCCAAAACCCGGUGAAUAUUUCAUUGAAAUCCACAGUCUCCUAGACCGAGAAAAAACCCCCCAAGGAUAUAAUCUAACAUUUCGUGCAGAAGACCGGGGCAUACCCCCACAAUCUAGUUAUAAGACAAUUCCCGUUCAUAUCAGUGACGCCAACGACAAUUCACCCGUUUUUAAUCGACAAAUCUACGAAGUGACUGUACCCGAAACAUCGCCACCCAACACACCCGUCAUCCGGCUCAAAGUCACCGACCAAGAUGUCGGCAAGAAUUCGCAAGUAUUUUUAGAAAUUGUCGGUGGCAAUGAAGGGGGUGAAUUUCGAAUUAAUCCCGAUACCGGAAUGCUCUAUACCCAAAAGAAAUUGGAUGCCGAAACCAAAGCAUUCUAUACCCUAACCGUUUCGGCAAUUGAUCAAGGCAAUGUGGGCACACGCAAACAAUCAUCGGCCAAAGUCAAAAUCAAUGUCCAGGACACAAAUGACAAUGAUCCUAUUUUUGAUUUUAUAAAUAACACCGUAUGGAUAGACGAGAACGAACCGGCUGGCACGACAGUCAUAAAAAUAUCAGCUAGAGAUAAGGAUUCGGGCGAGAAUGCAUAUAUAUCGUAUAGCAUUGCCAAUUUGAAUGAAGUGCCAUUCGAUGUUGACCAUUUUUCUGGGGUAUUGCGGACAUCGAAACUUAUCGAUUAUGAGACAAUGCGAAGGGAGUAUGUGUUGAGUGUGAGGGCAUCGGAUUGGGGAUUGCCAUUUCGUAGGCAAACGGAAAUCGAGUUGAUUGUGAAAAUAAAAGAUGUGAAUGACAAUCGGCCGCAAUUUGAGCGAACUGAUUGCAGUGGUUAUGUGUCGAGGCAGACUGCUGUUGGAAUGGAUAUACUUACGUUAUCGGCAAUUGAUUUUGAUUCGGGCAAUUUUAUUACAUAUCGAUUGGUUUCAGGCAACGAAGAUGGCUGCUUCAAUCUUGAUCAAACAUCAGGAGUCCUCUCUGUUGGUUGUGAUUUAUCCGAUGUUGGUGUUCCCGAACGCGAAGUCAAUGUUACAGCUACUGACGGAACUCACUUUGCCGAUAUCAUGACCAUCAAAAUCAAUUUAAUCGAUGAAAAACAAAGUUAUUUUCUAAAUCGCGGAACCGGUGAUGUCCUUGGCCAUAGCAUAUCAAUGCUUGAUGGUGGAAGUUUUGAAUGUCGUGAUACUGGAAUAGCCCGUCGUCAAGCCGAAAUAUUAGCUGCUGCUGAAAAAAAUAACAUGCCCGGUAGAGAUUAUAAUCCACAAGCUGAUUUUGUUAUGAUGCCCAUACGAUAUGGUGAAAAUGUACAUGCUCCUGAAUUUGUUGAUGUUCCAUUAGAGUUGAAAAUCAAUGAAACUGUUCAACUGGGUGAAACUGUUGCAUGGAUAAAAGCCAGAGAUAGAGAUUUAGGCUACAAUGGAAAAUUAGUUUAUGGCAUUUCUGAUGGUGAUCAUGAUUCGGUAUUUCGAAUUGAUCCCGACACGGGGGAAUUGCAAAUAAUCGGCUAUUUAGAUCGUGAACGACAAGAGGAAUAUGUUCUAAAUGUAACGGUCUAUGAUCUGGGAAAACCCCAAAAGUCUUCCUCGAAAAUGUUUCCCAUCACAGUUCUCGAUCAAAAUGAUAAUCCGCCAAAAUUUGAAAAAUCACUUGCUAGCUUCCGAGUGACCGAGCAUGCCAAAAACGGAACCGUUAUCUUCCAUUUAAAAGCUACCGAUGCUGAUAUUGGUGAAAAUGCUAAAAUUACCUAUUCCAUGGUUACAGAAACAUCAUCAUUUCAAAUCGAACCUGAAACUGGAAUUCUUUAUGUUAGUCAGCCACUUGAUAGGGAAGAAAAAGAGGUCUAUGAGUUGCUUAUUCGAGCUACAGACAAUGGCUCACCAACAACAUUAUCAGCCGAUGCUGUAGUUCUAGUCAUUGUCGAUGAUGUUAAUGAUAAUGUGCCUACAUUUAAACUUCCCGAAUAUACAUUUCGUGUGAGGGAAGACAUUCCCAAGGGUACAGUGAUAGCUGUUGUUCAAGCUACUGACGCUGAUAUUGGACCAGCCGGGGAAGUAUUGUAUUCAUUUGACGAUGAAAAUGAUUCGGAUGAUAAACUGUUCAAAAUCGACAAACACACUGGGACGAUUAGAACAAUUGGGUACUUAGACUUUGAAGAACGACAACUUCAUAGUUUAUGUGUUCGGGCCAUUGAUCGUGGGACACCGGCCCUGUCUUCUGAGGCAACUGUUAUCAUUGAAAUUAUAGAUGUUAAUGAAAAUCGUUACGCACCGGAAUUUGAAGACUUUGUUUUGAUGGGAAAUGUGACGGAAAACCAGCCACCUGAUACACACGUUAUGAAUAUUAUUGCCACCGAUGCAGAUCCACCAGGUCCGGAUUCGAGGGUGGUCUAUUCAAUUCGGGGUGGAGAUGGAUUGGGGAUUUUUUCGAUUGAUAGUGAAGGAUCCCUUCGAACAAUGGCACUUUUAGAUAUUGAAUCUAAACCUUCUUACUGGCUAACAGUUUGUGCACAAGAUCAAGCUAUAGUGCCACUUCAUUCAUGUAUUGAAGUCUUCAUCAAAGUUUUAAAUGAAAAUGAUAAUGUACCAUUAACUGAAAGUCCUGUUUACUAUCCAACUGUUCCGGAAGGUAGUCCACCUGGUGUUGAAGUUCUUCAACUUAAAGCCGAAGAUCGUGAUGUGGACCCAGAUGAACAUAUAACUUAUAGAAUAAUUUCGGGAAAUCCGGAAGGAUUUUUUGCUAUAAAUGGUACAACUGGUGUUAUAACAACAACAGCUAGGAAACUUGAUCGUGAAAAUCAACCAGAACAUAUAAUGGAGAUUCUGAUUAGCGAUGGAGGAAUCCCACCAUUAUCAUCAACAACAAGAGUAAUUGUGUCGGUUGAUGAUAUUAACGAUCAAAGUCCCGAAUUCGAUCAACGUUUUUAUAAAGUUCAAAUACCAGCAACAGUUGAAAUUGAUAAACCACUUUUUCAGGUUCUGGCAAUUGAUAACGACUACGGUGAAAAUGGUCGUGUUACCUACGCCAUAAAAUCUGGCAAAGGCAAAGCUAAAUUUCGAAUUGAUCCUGCCACAGGUGUAAUAUAUGCAGCUAAACCAUUUGAACCUGAAACAGAAUACGAUUUGGCUAUUCGCGCCGAAGAUAAUGGUGAUCCCAAAAGAAUGCAUACAACUCGUGUUAAUGUCAUAGUAGUUCCUGUCUCUGGACCCUCAUUACAUCCACCAGUUAUCAAAUCUCUAGAUCAAGAAGUUGAUGUUACCGAAACUGAUCGACCUGGUUUUCUAGUUGCUCUAGUACAAGCUGUCGAUGAAGACAAUGAUCAGCUUUGGUAUGACAUAACUGAUGGUGAUCCACGAAAUGAAUUCUACAUUGCUCGUGAUAAUGGAAAUAUUCUACUAACAAAAUCACUCGACUGGGAAAUUCAAAAAGAAUAUAAUUUAACAAUAAGCGUAACUGAUGGAUCACAUGAAGUAUCAACUCAAUUAUAUGUUCAUGUAAUUGAUGUCAACGAUCAUAGGCCAGAAUUUACAGAUUCUGUCUAUCGAAUUGAUAUUUCAGAGAAUAUUGAUGAAGAAACUGAAAUAUUACAAUUACAUGCCACCGAUAUGGAUGAAGAUAAGAAAAUCUUCUACACCCUUCAUGCAGCUCAAAAUCCCAUAUCAUUAACUCUGUUUCGUAUUGAUUCCAUUACUGGCAAUGUCAUAGUUACACAACGUUUAGACAGAGAACGCAUUGCCGAACAUGUUCUAGUUGCCAUUGCUAAAGAUCAAGGUACUCCAGCUAAACGGAAUUAUGCUAAAAUCAUAAUAACCGUUCAUGAUCACAACGAUCAUCAUCCUGAAUUUACAACGAAAAUUGUCCAAGGCAAAGUAUUUGAAUCGGCAGCUCUAGGAACAAAGGUAGCUCAAUUAUUUGCCAUCGAUCGUGAUCUUGGAUUGAAUGCAAAAAUCACGUAUUCCAUUGCAAGUGGCAAUAUUGGAAAUGUAUUUGAUAUUGAUCCGAUUAUGGGUAUUAUAAGUGUGAACAAAGAAUUAGAUAUAAAUUCUAUGCCCGAGUAUAUGUUACAAGUAAAGGCUUCUGAUCAUGGCAAACCACCAUUAUCGUCACAAGUUCCAGUACAUAUAAUAAUAACAAUGGGGGAGAAUGAUCCGCCACGAUUUAUUAAAGAACAAACUUCAGUGGAGAUAUAUGAGAAUCGUCCAAUUGGAACGUAUGUUACACAAAUUGAAGCGAGGUCAACAUCAUCGGUGAACUAUGAAAUUAUCAAUGGCAAUUAUGGUGAUUUAUUUCAAAUAAAUCCAUCGACAGGGGUAAUAACAACGAAAGAUAUAGUUGAUUAUGAAAAAGUGAAAUUGAUAAAUCUUACAGUAAUUGCAACAAAUUUGGCAUCUAUAUCAUCACAAUCUUCAACUAUUAUACAUAUUUUGGAUCAAAAUGAUAAUACACCACAUUUUUUGCAAAAUAUUUACUGGGGAGAGAUUUCCGAAUCGGCACCUAUAUCAUCUUUAAUACUCUCAAAGGAUAGGCCUAGUGAUGCAAAUACAACAAGUGAACAAAUAUCGUUUAGUAAAAAUCAAAAUAAGGGACCUUUUCAAUCUAGUUUGGUUGUCAAUCAAAAUCCCCUUGUGAUACGUGCUGUCGACUUAGAUUCUGGAUUAAACGCCCUCCUACGAUAUGAUAUUGUUGAAAAUCUGGCCAAAAGAUAUUUCGAUAUUGAUUCAACAACUGGUGCAAUAAAAACAGUGAUGCUAUUAGAUUAUGAAGAAAUACCAUUUUUUGAUUUUCAUGUUCAAGUAACCGAUUUAGGAACUCCUCGACUUUCAUCAGACACAACAACUAGAGUUCAAAUAACAGUUACCAAUGUGAAUGAUUGUGCUCCAGUAUUUGAGAAAAAUGAAUACAAUGUAACAUUGCUAUUGCCAACUUAUGAAAAUGUUAUUGUUGUCACUGUAAAUGCAACUGAUCCUGAUGGGUCGGAAAUUUCAACAAUUCGUUAUGACAUUAUUGAGGGUAAUGAGGGAAAUGCAUUUGCAAUGGAUCCUGAAACUGGUGUUAUUACAACGAGAGACGUUGAACGAUUGAAUUCACUUUACAAACUUCACGUUCGUGCUUCCGAUGGAAAAUAUUCAAAUGUCACCAAUGUCGUAAUCAUUGUUGAAACAUCCGAAAAUUAUGGACUUUAUUUCAAAAAAUCCACAGUCGAGGGUGUUAUCAGUGAAAAUUCAACUAAAAUCACAACCAUUGCAACGGUUAAUGUUCUGGGAUCCAAAUUAAACGAACAUGUUGAAUAUAAAAUCCUUAACCCAACGAAACUGUUUCGAAUUGGUCUAACAUCGGGAGCUAUUGAAUCAACUGGACAAAUAUUUGAUCGUGAAGUUUGUGACAAUUAUGAGCUAAUAGUUGAAGCAAGAUCUCAAGUUCAUAUGGAUGGGAAGCCAAGAGUAGCUCAUGUUGUUGUCAAUAUAACAGUUCUCGAUAUAAAUGACAAUUGCCCAAUGUUUGUAAAUCUUCCGUAUUAUGCAGUAGUUUCGGUGGAUGAUCCUAAAGGAUCAUUUGUGACCAAAGUCCAUGCAGUUGAUUUGGAUAGUUAUGAAAAUGGCGAGGUACGUUACGAAAUGAAACGUGGCCAUGGUGAAUUGUUUAAAGUUGAUAGGAAAACAGGAGAUGUAACUCUGAAGCAAUCUCUUGAAGGUCAUAAUAGAGAUUAUGAGCUCUUAAUUGCAGCUUAUGAUGGUGCUUCAACACCCUGUUCGACGGAAGUUGGUGUUCAUGUAAAGGUCAUUGACAAAUCAAUGCCAGUUUUUAACAAGCAAUUUUAUUCGGUUUCUGUGAGUGAAAAUAUCGAAAUAUAUACGCCACUUGCUGUAACUAUUCAAGCAGAUAGUCCAUUGGGUCGGAAAUUGAUCUAUACGAUUGCUAAAGGAAAUGAAAUGGAAGAAUUUGCAUUGGAUUUUAAUACUGCACCUGAUAGAAAAACUGGCCCGUGUACAAUAACUGUUGCUGAUGAAUUAGAUUACGAACGUGUGCAAAACUAUGAUUUAAUCGUCCGAGCAACGGAUAGUGUAUCAGGUGUUUCAGCUGAAGUUCCAGUUUCAAUAAUGGUCUUGGAUGUGAACGACAGUCCGCCAGAAAUCGAACACGAUACGUAUAACAUUAGCGUUUCAGAGGGUUCACCAUUUGGUACAUCACUUUUGAAAAUCAAUGCUCGCGACAACGAUACUGGUGCCAAUGGUCAAAUAACAUUUGCAAUCGAUUCUAGUCAUCAAAAUAAUAGUUCAGAAAAUUUCCAUUUGGAUCCGUUGGAAGGAAUAUUGUAUUUAAAGAAGAGUUUAGAUCAUGAAAUGCAGAGUGUACAUCACUUUACUGUGAUUGCUACCGAUGGAGGAUCACCAUCUUUGACAUCGACUGCACACGUUUGGGUUUCAGUAAUUGAUAUCAAUGAUAAUGCACCAAAAUUCGAAGAACCUUCUUAUACUUGUGUUUUAUCUGUUCAUGCAAAACGUGGUCAAUUUGUAAUAAGUGUCAAAGCGAGUGAUCCUGAUUAUGUGGAUCAUGCGAAUCUUGUUUAUAAGAUUGCUCAAGGAAAUGAAAUGCAAACAUUCGAUAUUGAUUCAUCGACUGGAACAAUAACAUUGCUAAAUAUGAACAAUUUUGCUGAACAACAAACAACAACAUUGAAUGUGUCUGUAACUGAUGGAAUCUAUACAAGUUUUACUCGAGUGAAAAUUAAUAUAUUGCCGGGUAAUUUGAAUAGUCCAGUAUUUACUCAACCGAGCUAUGAAGCAAAUAUUAAAGAGAAUCUAUUGCCAGGACAUCUGGUAACAACGGUAACAGCACUUGACAAAGAUUUGGGUGAAUUUGGUACAUUUACCUACGACAUAUUCUCCGAUACAUUAAAAGAAUUAUUUUCAAUUGAUAAAAUCAAAGGCAUUAUCGAAUCGAAAGUAUCAUUCGAUCGUGAAUUAUGUUCACAUUAUGAAAUACCAAUUAUUGCUAGCGAUAUUGGUGGUAGAUCUGGCUUUACAAUAGUUAAAGUUAAAAUUACCGACGAAAAUGAUAAUCCUCCAGUGUUUGUAUUAAAUGAAUAUCAUGCUGUAAUAAAUGCCAAUUAUCAAUUAAAUAUACCAUUUGUUAAGGUAAAGGCUUUAGACAAAGAUGAACAUCAAAAUAGCGUCUUGGUAUAUUCAAUGUAUGAACCAGAAAAUCAAAAAAUUAAAAACUUAUUCCAAGUCGAUGAAAAUAAUGGAUCGAUAAGUUUACAAGCCUCAGUUGCCAACUAUGCAAAUGAAAUUUUUGAAUUUUUCAUUCGUGCCAAUGAUGGUGGCUCACCAUCGUUACACACUGAUGUCCCCGUAUCGGUUCUUAUUGUUAAAGAUGACAUUGAUAUACCCACAUUCGAACACAAGGAACGAAAUCAAUUCAUAUCGGAGGUCUCAACACCUGGCACUUUGAUAUCUCGAGUUCGAUUACUUGGCAAUCUAACUGGAAGCUAUAAGAUCAUUUCAGGUUUUGACGAAGACAAACAAUUUGCCAUUAAUCAAGAAGGUGAAAUCACCUUGACAAAGACUCUCGAUCGAGAGCAAAAAGAAAUCCACACUAUCGGUGUGUUGGCUGAAAUCGGAAGCAGUCCAGCUUAUUCAGCUGUUUCGGAAAUAAUUUUACAUGUUCAAGAUGAAAAUGAUAAUGCUCCUAUAUUUGAAAGCAAUCCCUAUAGCAUUUUGUUAGCUGAAAAUGCAGAAAAGGGAACAUCGAUAGUCAAAGUAACAGCACAUGAUUCCGAUGCUGGUUCAAAUGGUGAAAUACGAUAUUUCUUACCCGACGAUAUCGGUGAUAUUGCUAAUGUAUUCGAUAUUGAUGUCUAUUCGGGGUGGAUAACAACCCUAAUUCCGGUCGAUCGAGAAAAACGUAGUGAAUAUCGUUUUCAAGUUGUUGCUACCGAUCAUGGACAAUCGAAACAUAUUGGCAAAACAACUGUCAUGAUCAAACUCAAGGACUAUAAUGAUAAUUGUUUAUUAUUUAAAUCACCAAAUUAUACAACUUCCGUCAGUGAAGAUGCCCUUCCUGGUACUGUCCUCGUACAACUUUCUGUAACCGAUAAAGAUGCCGAUGCUAAUACAGCUGUUGAAUACUACAUCACUUCCGGUGAUCCAUUAUCUCAAUUCCAUAUUCGACAAACUGGCGAGUUGUUUACAGCCAAACCACUCGAUCGAGAACAAACUUCAUCGUAUUUCUUAAAUAUCAUUGCUACCGAUGGCAAAUAUAGUGCAUCUACAAAUGUUACAAUUGUUGUUAAAGAUGUUAAUGAUAAUCCUCCUUAUUGUCUGAAAUACCGUUAUAAAGAGACUAUUAAUGAACUCAUAAUGCCUGGAACAGUUGUUACACAAAUUAUUGCCACCGAUGCCGAUGAAGAAGCUAAUUCCAAAUUGAGAUUCUAUCUAACUGGUAAUAAAUCUGAUGAUUUUGUAUUGGACAAAAUCUCUGGAGUCUUAAAAACCUCUCGGAAAAUCGAUCGAGAAACUGUUUCCAAGUAUUAUCUCACUGCUCAUGUUCAAGAUCGUGAUCAAUUAUCAUGGGAGUGUAUUUCAAAGAUAGAAAUCUCUGUUGCCGAUACAAAUGAUAACCAUCCUCUAUUCAGUAUGACCGAAUAUUCUCUAAUUCUUCCUGAAGAUGCUGAAAUUGGAACACUUGCUACCAAAGUACAUGCCACUGACCGAGAUGUUGGUGUAAAUCGAAAAAUCCGUUACUCAUUUCUUGAUUCUGGCAAUGAUACAUUUGGAAUUUCAGAAGAUUCUGGAAUCAUAACUCUCAAAAAGUCAUUAGAUAGAGAAUCAAUAGCUUGGUAUAAUUUAUCUGUCAUUGCUACCGAUCAAGGUCUACCCCAGCUUUCUAGUAUUGCUACAUUGAUUGUGAAUGUACAAGACAUAAAUGACAAUCCACCAGAGUUCACUCAGCAACAUUAUUUUGCAAAUAUCCCAGAGAAUUGUAUCAUUGGAUCGGAAGUUGCUCAAGUUUUGGCAACAUCUAGAGACACUGGAGUCAAUGCUGAUAUAUAUUACUCCAUUAUCGGUGGCAAUGAACAAAAGAAAUUUGCCAUAAAUCGUAAUACUGGAAGUGUUUAUUGCAAUGGAGAAUUGGAUUUUGAAAAAAUACGACAUUUCCUUAUCACAAUUCAAGCUGUUGAUGGUGGAACACCACCACUUAGUAAUCUAGCAUCGUUAAAUGUGAGUGUUACUGAUGUCAAUGAUAAUAAUCCUCAAUUUGCACAGAAUUCCUAUAAUGCUAGAAUUCGAGAAGAUGCUUUAAUCGGUGAUAAAAUUCUUCAACUCAAAGCUUUCGAUGCUGAUUCCGAUGAGAAUGGUCGGAUCUUCUAUAACAUUGAACGUGGUGAUCGUUUGAAUCAAUUCCAAAUCGAUAAUAAUACUGGUUAUCUAUCGGUUAAAGGUCCCCUUGAUAGGGAAUCUAUAUCAAGUUAUGUCCUUGAGAUUCGUGCUCGUGAUAAUGGUACUCCAGAGCUUUCAAGUUAUGUCCAUGUCAACAUUGAUAUAUCCGAUGCAAAUGAUAAUCCUCCAUUAUUCAAUAAAUCCAAUUAUACCAUCAUUGUGCAAGAAGACAAACAACUUGGACAUGUUUUGAUUAAAUUUGAAAUAAUCGAUGCUGACACAGCUCCCAAUUCAGCCCCAUAUACUUUUGAUUUUCGUAGUGGAAAUGAUGGUGGAGCUUUUCGAUUGGAACAAGAUGGAACUCUACGAACAGCAACACGAUUUAAUCAUAAAGUUCGAAGUGUUUAUAAUAUGCUAAUUCGAGUAUUUGACAAUGGAACACCACCACUCUAUUCAGAUGCAUGGGUAACAGUGAAAGUUAUCGAAGAGAGUCAAUAUCCUCCGGUAAUAACACCUGUGGAAAUUUUAAUAAAUUCAUAUCAAGAUGAAUUUCCAGGUGGAGCUAUUGGUCGUAUUUAUGCAACCGAUCAGGAUAAAUAUGACAAUUUGAUAUACCAACUUGCCCCAACAGCUGGGGUUCUCUACUCCCCACACACCCUAUUUAACAUAUCUAAAGACGAUGGCUCUCUUUAUGCCCUGCCUAAUCUUGAUGUUGGAGAUUAUAGACUGAAUGUAACAGCUUCCGAUGGGAAAUUUACUGCCCAUGUUGUGAUUAAAAUCACCGUUGAUUUAAUUAGCAAGGAAAUGCUUGAGAAUGCUAUUAUAUUAAGAUUUAGUAAUGUUACACCGGAGGACUUUAUUCUAAGUCAUCGAAAGGGUUUCAUUCGAUCGAUACGAACUGCAAUGCGAACAAGACAGAAGGACAUAGUUAUCAUCUCAGUCCAACCAUACAAUGAGAGUGCUUCGAAUGAGUUAGAUAGUCAUCGGCGUUAUGCUAGACACAGUAUCCUAGCGGAUGUGGUGAAAAAUCAACUCGAUGUUGUAUUUACAGUUCGUAAGCAACAAGUAAAUCCUAAUGAUGAUGGUUAUUUCUCGGCCAAGGAAAUCCAAGCCACUGUUGCUGAUAAUAUGGAAGAAAUCGAAGAGGCAACAAAUCUAAUUAUCGAGCAAAUUGUCAAAACCAAAUGUAUUCAAUCACAAUGUGUUCAUGGAGUUUGUAAGGAUAAGAUCGUCCUUGAUCGCAAAAACAUCAAUACAAUUGCAACAGAUGUGACAAGUUUCAUAUCGGCAGUGUAUCAACAUUUGAAUGAAUGUAAAUGCCAACAGGGUUAUGGUGGGGAGAAAUGCAAUGAAGCUGUUAAUUCGUGUGCAGCUAAACCAUGUCCAAUGUAUAAAAUUUGCUUGCCAGAGGGAAGUGAUUUGGAAGAGGGACAUCGAUGUGUUUGUCCACAUGGCUAUACUGGACCAACAUGUGAUCAUGAUGUUAAGAAAUGUAUUGGGUAUUCUUGUUAUAAGCCACUCAAUCCAGUCUCAUUGAGUGGGAAGAGUUAUGCUCAUUAUAAAAUCGAUAAAGUUGUGGGAAAGAAGAUCUUUGAGGAUCAGUUGAUAUUUACUCUGAGAGUGCGAACUCUUCAACAGACUGGAAAUCUUAUGUAUGCCUCGGGUAAGGUCGACUAUAAUAUAUUAGAAAUCUCAAAUGGUGUUGUGCAAUAUCGAUUUGAUUUGGGAUCUGGAGAAGGUCUGAUAAGUGUAUCAUCGAUUUAUGUAUCAGAUGGAGAAUGGCAUGAAAUCAAACUGGAACGCGAAAGAAACAGUGCUAAAUUGGUGGUUGAUGGAAAGCACACAGCUCAAGGUAGUGCUCCCGGAGUAAAUGGAAUAUUGAAUUUACAGUCAAAUGAUAUAUUUUUGGGCGCUGAAGUGAGACCACAUCCAUCGGUCUUAGGAUUCGAGGAUAUCCAACGAGGUUUUGUUGGUUGUAUGGAUGAUAUUCGUUUAGCUCGAGAAUCUGUACCAUUGCAUAUGACUGGAAGUAGUACAAUAGCGGUUUUAAAAAGAUUUGCCAAUGUUGAAUUCACCUGCGACAGUUCGACGAUAUUGGUUCCACUUGGAAUCUGUGGAACUCAGCCAUGUUUCAAUGGAGGAAUAUGCAAAAAUAUCGGAAUUAAUAAUUUCGAAUGUCAAUGUCAUCCUAGAUUCACCGGACCAUUUUGUAAAGAUGAUUUGGAUCCAUGUUCAUCAUCGCCAUGUUUAUUCGGGGGUAAAUGUCAUGCAGAGGUCUCAGGAAACUACUCAUGCAGUUGCCCGGCAGGAAUGUCAGGCAAACGUUGUGAAUUUGGUCGAUUUUGUUCGCCAAAUCCAUGUAAAAAUGGUGGAGUUUGUGAAGAGGGUGACUAUAUGGCGCAUUGUAUGUGCCGAGGUUACACUGGGGCCACUUGUGAAAUUGAUUUGGAUGAAUGUGAAAAUCAACCAUGUGGCAAUGGUGCGACUUGUGUCAAUGAAGCAGGUAGUUUUCGAUGUAUUUGCCCACCUGAUUUAACUGGUGCCAGUUGUGGUGAUCCAUUAUAUUCGAAUUCGAUAACAAGUCAGUUACGAAACUUGCCAUUAAUCGAUAUGAUAGGAAUUGCAUGCGCUAUUAUUGGUGUGGUUCUACUACUUGGAUGCCUGUGUUAUUAUAUAUGCAGUCGAAAGACAAUGAAUCAAGCUGGGGGAAGUGUGAAUAAUGAUCCACGCAAAGAUAUUACAUUGAAUGCUGUUAUGCCAAAGGAAGACUAUAAGAGAAGUUCGAAAUUGAGUAAUUUAGAAGUUCAACAACGGCCACAAAGCUAUACGACCAGUUCGAAUGAUAUACCGUAUCCAGUGAGUACGGUAUUUGUUAAUAAUUUAGAUAUUUUAAGAAGUUAUGGUUCGGCUGGAGAUGAGCUGGAAAAUGUUCCACCGGAAUAUCAAAAAUUAAAUUGUACCAAUCAACAUAUUAACAUAAAUGGGACCACAUCGAGUGAUGCGGAAUCACUGCAUAAACAAACUUGGUCGGAUCAAAUGCAAUUGAAAACGUUUAGUGACAAUAAACUUAAUAAUGGUCGCAAAAUCGAACAACAACAUCAUAGCAAUCAACAUACAAUGCGUUUAGGUUCGCUUAAACCAACAUCAACAUUAAAUAGCAAAUUAUUGCAUGUCAAUCUUCCAAAUAUAAAUAAUUCUCAAAGUGCAUUUGAAGAUUCACCUAAUAAUCAUGGGCAAUAUCAUUGGGAUUGCUCAGAUUGGGCAAGACGAAGUCAAAAUCCACUGCCUGAUAUCACUGAAGUUCCUGGCAUUGAAGUGCCCGACUCAUCGAGUUUUCAUAGUAAUGAAAGUAAUGAGUCACAUCCGAAGAGUGUUCAUAUUCCGCUUAACCUUGGUCCUGUGGAUCCUGUUCGUGAUAUUGAAACGUUGAACGAAGACAUCGAAUCGGAAUACGUUGAAGAAAGCGAAUCUGAGUGUAGUGAGAAACCUCUUUCCAUGUCUUUCGAAACCCACACACCCAUAUCUGGAUUAAAUCUCUUAGAUAGUGGAAGCGAAGAAUAUAGAUUUAACACAGUGCCUUUAGUUGUAAAUAAUAGUAAUAAGUGCGAUAUUUACCAUCGACAUCCUAAUAGCUACUUGCCCCGAUACAAUAUACAAAGUGAAACUGAUGGAGAAACAUCAAUGUGCAGUACUAAAUUGUUAAAUAGUCAAAUUAGAAGAACAAUUCCAGGAAGUAAUAAUGAUUCGGAUGAUGAAGAAGUUUCUGGAUAUGGUUUCCCAAAUCGAAGAUGUAAAAGACAAAUCAGUGAUAUAGAUAACAUCGUCAGCAAAUGUGGUCCUGGUGAAAAUAUGUCGCUCUUAGGCAGCUAUCAUCUUGGCGACUGUGAAUCGAAUAGUGAUAUAUCCACACAAAUAUGUGAGAUCGAAGACUCGGAAUUCGAGGAUACACGACCGUCAACAAGAUCUAAAUCAGCAACACUCACCAAUAAUGCCUCCUCAUUGGCAUCGGUGGGCUCCUCCUCGAAAGGUUCUUCUUCUGGUAAAAAGGCUGUUAAUUGGUCAAGUAGCGUCCAUCAAACCGAUGUUUGACAAAUGUACUGUGAACUAAUAAUUAUGGCGCAACAUAAUUUUCACUUAGUUCCAAAUAGAUAACAAUGAUUUAAAAACCUUGCAGCUUAUGAGAACACAUAUUAUUUUAUAGUAUAAAUCUAGUUAGAUACAUAUAUAUAUAUUUAAUUUAAUAAAAUUAAAAAAAACAAAAAAAAAAUACAGGGUACUUGGGGAAAAAAAAAGAAUUACAACACAACAACAACAACAAAAAAUAAGAGAACCUUGUUCAAACAAAAAAUUUUCUACUUAAUCUUGUUUAAAAAAAAAACUAAGUUUAAAAAAUGGCUUAACAAAAAAAAAAACAACAACAACUAUUGUAAUUGUAAGCCAGCAAUUCUUUUAUAUAUACUGCCACGUCCAACAUAAGUUUGAACUUCAGCAUUUUGUUUAGUUUUAAGAUUAAUCAUUUAGUUUUAUUUAAUUUUACAAACUAAUAAAUUUACACUUUUUUAAAUAA